GUUUCAACCAAUCACAGGGCAGUGAGUCACUGCCGACCAAUGGCAUUGCGAGUCGUGGUUCUCCGCUCAGGAAUGCAUUUCGUCAACAAAAGGUUAGCUUGUGGUUUCGCAUCAGCUGGACCUGUCAGCCGCACCACCAUCGCUCCUUUUGCGAGCCACCAAUAAAAGAAGCCCCCCCAACAAGGCAGCCAUGGCCACAGUACAGUGUGUGUUACUACUUGCUCUUCACAUUCUUCUCAUCUCGGAGUUCAUCCUGGCGAAAAGAGACUACUAUGACAUCCUGGGGGUGCCCAAGGACGCAUCGGAGCGCCAAAUCAAGAAGGCUUUCCAUAAGCUCGCUUUAAAGUACCACCCUGACCGGAACAAGGGCCCGGACGCGGAGGCCAGGUUCAGAGAAAUAGCCGAGGCAUACGAGACGUUAUCGGAUGACAAGAGGCGGCAAGAGUACGACCAGUUUGGCCACGGCCAGACAGGACACGGCAGUGGCGGGGGCAGCUACAACUUCCGACAACACUACCAGUCAUUCAACUUUGACGACAUCUUCAAAGACUUUGACCUUUUUGGUCAGCAGCAGCAACAUCAACACGUCCACUCCCACCACCAUCAAGCACACCAGAAGAGGUUCUUCCGAGAUGCUCCUGGGAACGAACAGCAGCAGAGGAGGCCUUUCAGAGGCGGACUGUUUGACGACAUGUUUGAAGACUUGGAGAAAAUGUUCUCCUUUAAUGCGCACAGGACUGAGAACAGGUUCCAGGGCUCGGCGGCCAAGCAGCACUGCAGGACGGUGACGCAACGUAAGGGCAACAUGGUGACCACCUUCACUGACUGCUCCUGAGAAUAAAAUAAAAGACAUUAUGCUUUUUUUUGAAAUUGAAUGCUAAUUUAUAUAUUGAGUGUAUAGAAUUCAUAUUCCAGGAACAAACAAAAAAAAAGCGGGCAGGCUUUCAAAUCUCAGGAAUUGGCAUAAGCUUGUUUGCAUUCUCUCCACACAGUGUGAAAAACAUUUGCAUAACAAGCACAUGUGUUGUAUUUUUGCUGUUUUUUUUUCAAUGUUGAUGCUUAAAAAUACAAAAAAAACCUCAAGCUCAUUAGUGAAGCUGACCUAUUAUGUGCAAUACUCAGCACCUUCAUAUCGCCUGUCGUUCAUAGACUGAAUAUCAUUGUCUAACAUCUGCACUUUGUAUGUGAAUGUGUGUGUGAAUGUGUGUGUGUGUGAGAUGAUGCUUGAAGAUGGAAUAAAAGGUUGUA